AUGAGGGAGAUCGAUGCGCAUUUCGAUGCGUACGAGCAUUUGAAGCAUUUACCAAGAGAUGGAGAAGCCUUACACAUGCUGCGCAAGGCAGCAUCGAUGGUUAAGCCCAUGAUGAGAAAACGAGGUUGGAAAGUCGGGACGCUGGCUGAGUUUCUACCUGAUGAACCGCAACUUCUGGGUCUCAAUAUUAAUCGUACGGAGAGGAUCUUAGUCCGACUGAGAUAUCACCAUGAUUCCAGACAGUUCUUGUCAAUGGAACAAGUCACAGAUACUCUGUUGCACGAGCUCUCACACAUUGUAUUCGGUCCUCACAAUGCCGAUUUCAACAAUCUCUGGAAUGAGCUCCGUGAAGAACAUCAAUCACUGUUAAUGAAAGGCUACACAGGUGAAGGUUUCCUCAUCCAAGGUCAGAAACUCGGUGGUAGACGCAUACCGUUGGAUGAGAUGCGACGCCAGGCUCGGAGUGCCGCCGAGAAGCGCAAAGCGGCCACUAAUGCCAGCGCAGGUGGGCACCGCUUGGGGGGCAGUGCACUAACCAUCCGAGGUGUUGAUAUGCGCAAAGUCAUAGCAGAUGCUGCAUCAAGGAGGAAGAGUAUCACCGAAGGAUGCGCAAGCGGUAGUUCAGAAGCAGGGCGUCUAGUCAACCAGCAAGAGCAAGAAGGCUUCCGGACUAGGGCUGAAGAGGACGAUUCGAAUGAUGCAGCGAUUGCACGCGCCCUCCAAGAUCUCAUGUACGAAGAAGAGAUGCAAAGGCUGGGGAAACCGACGGGAGGAGGCGGUCUGAGCUGGGAUCCCCAGAAUGGAUUACAGUUCGACAGCAAUCCCCCAUCUCGCAGCUCCUCACCAGCAUUCUCAGGUCCUCAAGGCAAUAUUCCUUCCUCCAACCGACCAGUUUCUCAGCCUUACCCAGUGCAAAAUACACAGGUGAAUUCGACCGCUCGACCUGUCUCGCGUCCUGUAACAAAUCCAACCCGGACAUCAUGGUCUGUCCGUAAUACCAUCAGAGCCCCAUCACGCUUGAUAUCAGCAGAAGAGGAACAGAUACGCAACAGACAGCUCCCACCGAUACCGCCAGCAGCUUCUCUAGAAGCCAGCGUUGUCCCAGUGGAUUCUAAUAGCUGGGCAUGUCCGCAAUGCACACUUCACAAUCCGCUCGACUUUCUUACUUGCGGAGCCUGUGGCCUGGAGCAACCGCCGCAGCCAAUUCCCCGCCACAAACGCUUCGGCCCAUCCCACUCUGCGCCCAGCUUGCCGAAGCCCCCACCACAGUCAGGUCUAAGAGGCCAGGGCGCCACUCCAUUCGAGCCUGCGAGAGGGAGACUUGGUUGGAAUUGUCUAGAAUGUGGGACUUUCAUGGAGAAUCAGUGGUGGACAUGUUCACUUUGUGGGACGAUGAAGCUCGAUUCCUAA